AAAAGCUCAUUGUCCAAUCAUCCUCUCCCUGACUAUGAUUGCUUACCAUAGAACUCAGACAAACAGCUUCUAUCAUCCAGUGGUCUAAGUAUCUUAGCCAAAGCACCCCAAGUUCUAGUAGUUCUAAUAGUUCCAACUUCCAAGUAUCAAAGCCAAAGCUCCCACAUUCUGCAGACAAAAAAUGGGGUCAUUCCAAACACCUAUUGGAAUGAGAAGCUCUGCAUUGUUAGAAACUUCAUGUGGAUAUUUACUUCAAGAAUUACAGAUGAUCUGGGAUGAAGUUGGAGAAAAUCAGUUUGAAAGAGAAAAAGUUCUGCUAGAACUAGAACAGGAGUGUCUGGAGGUAUACAGGAGAAAAGUUGACCGUGCAAAUAUAUCAAGGGCUCGCUUACAUCAGGAGUUGGCAGAGUCUGAAGCUGAAUUUACUCAUCUUCUUUUGUCCCUUGGUGAACGAUCUCUUCCAGGACGGCCAGAAAAAAUGGCAGGAACGCUAAAGGAGCAACUAAAUUCCAUCACACCAGCUUUACGGGAAAUGCGAUUGAGGAAAGAAGAGAGGGUGAACCAGUUCCGAGCUGUGCAAGGACAAAUGCAGAAGAUUUCUGCAGAAAUAGCAGGUCAGUCAGAGUAUGAUGACUCAAUAACAAAUGUGAUAGUGAAUGAGAAUGACCUCUCCUUGAAGAAACUUGAAGAAUACCAGACUGAGCUACAAGGACUCUAUAAUGAGAAGAACAACAGACUCCAGAGAGUGGAAAAAUAUAUAGAAGCCAUCCACAGCUUGUCUGCAACCAUGGGGAUGGAAUCCUCCAUGAUAAUUACAAAGGUCCAUCCAAGCUUGAAUGAAUUGUGUGGGAUAUCCAAAAACAUCAGUGAUGGUAUUUUGACCAAGCUCAGCAGCACUGUGGAAUCUCUGGAAGAAGAAAAGAAAAAGCGGCAUGAGAAGCUUCAACAUCUUGGUAAAGCAUUGACAAACUUGUGGAAUCUUAUGGACACACCCUAUGAGGAUCGUAAACUAUUUUCCCAUGUUAUUGACUUAUUAUCAGCCUCAUCAGCAGAAAUAUCUCAUCCUGGAAGCCUUACCCAUGAUAUAAUCCAACAGGCUGAGGCUGAAGUCAAGAGACUGGAUCAAUUAAAAGCAAGCAAAAUGAAAGAGCUAUUUCUCAAGAAGCAGACCGAACUAGAAGAAAUAUGUAAUAGAUCACACAUGCAGAUUUCUUCAAGAUCAGAGAUGGACAAUAUAAUAAAUCUUAUAAACUCUGGGGAGAUCGACCAUGCUGAUCUCCUCAAGAGUAUGGAUGAACAGAUUUCUAGAGCAAAGGAAGAAGCAUCUAGCAGGGAACCAAUAAUCGAGAAGGUGGAGAAGUGGAUGUUGGCACGUGAUGAGGAGCGCUGGCUGGAAGAAUAUAACAGGGAUGAGAACCGAUAUACAGUCAGAAGAGGUGCACAUAAAAACCUAAGACGGGCAGAACGGGCACGAGUAACAGUCAACAAAAUCCCAGCAUUGGUGGAUUCACUUAUAGCAAAGACCAAGAGUUGGGAAGAAGAAAGAAAGAAAGUUUUCCUAUAUGAUGAGGUACCUCUUUUAGCAAUAGUGGAAGAGUAUAACAUGGUAAGGCGGGAAAAGGAUGAGGACAAGCAAAAGCAUCGGGAAAAGAAGAAGAUACAAAGUCAGGUGGUUGUUGAGCAAGAAAAUUUCUUUGGGUCGAGACCACCCACCAGCAAUAGGCGUCUUCCAAAUAGGAGCUUGAAUGGAGGCUUUGGCAAUGCAACUUCUCCAAACAGGAGGGUUUCUCUGGGAAUCCCACAGUUGGGUUCUGACAGCAUAAACUCUGCAACUCAGGGCAUAUCCUUCAUAAAAGAAGUAAAGAAAGUGCAAGGGAAAAAGGUGUUUGUUCGACCCAGUCUAGCUUCUCAUCUAAAAGAUGAAAGUGCUUCAGUGAUUUCAACAUUUUCAGGACCCUUUUCUCCUUAAAUUUCAAAUCAAAAUCAAGGACACGUGAUAAAUCAGAUUCAAACAGACAAUCUUACUCUUGAAAAGGAACAUAUAUUCCCAUAAAUAUGACCUGUAAAAAUAAGUUGAAUUGGUUUCAGCUUGACAAAAAGACUUACACAUGUAUUUAUCCAUUGAAGCUUUCCACUAUAGACUCCAUCUAGGAUAUUGCAGUAACUGUGAUUGCAUGGACAAAUUAAAUUUCUAGGAUCCUGAUUUCAUAUUGCAACUGCAGAUGUAUGUAAUUUAGCUAGCUUUACUUCAAAAAAUAAAAUCUCUAGUAUCCUGAUUUCUUCUUGCAACUGCAGAUGUAUUUUAACUUAGCUUUACUUCAAAACUCUUAAUAGAACAAUAAGCCACGUUUAUGCCC